CCACACAGGGUGUCCCGUCAGCAGCAGGUCACACGGCAGGUCCUUUGGGUCCAGCGCUGAUCCCUCUCAGCUGACGUCAGAGAAAUGGCGGACCUGGAUGGCAGCGACGCAUCUCCCGAGUCCCAAGCCUCUUACAGUCAGUAUAAAUCGGAGGAUGACAGAGCAUCUUCAGCUGCCCGGCCUGACUCCUCUGGCUCCGGACAAACCUACUCCCCCACCCUGACCCCAACCCCCACUCCGACCCCCGCCAUCACUACCAGCAACAGCCCGUGCAACAAUGCUGCCACCAAAACAGACUCUCUGCUCUUCAACAAGAUUGAUGAGAGACUGAGGUUGGCCCGAGAGCGCAGAGAGGAGCGUGAGAAGCAGAAUGCGGUGAAGGAAGCCACAUGGCAGGCGCGGGAGGAGCGGGCCCGGCAGCACUACGAGAGGCACCUGGAGGAGAAGAGGAAGAAACUUGAGGAGCAGAGGCUGAAGGAGGAGAAGAGACGUGUCGCUGUGGAAGAGAAACGAAGACAAAAGAUGGAGGAGGACAAGGCUCGUCACGAAGCAGUGUUGCGACGGACUUUGGAAAGGAGUCAAAAAGCACGACCAAAGGCCAACCGCUGGUCAUGGGGAGGGGCCCUGAACACAAACACACCCAGCACAGCACCUGAUACUGACAGAAGAUCAGUGUCGACUAUGAAUUUAUCCAAACACACUGACCCUGUCAUCACUAAGCGCCUCUCAUCAUCCUCUGCCACACUUCUACACUCACCAGACAGAGGUAUGCGUCGUCUUCCACUUACUCCAUGGGAAAGUAACAUGGUGAAUCGCCUGCAGCAGCCCACACACUCGUACUUGGCCCGUAGUCGCAGUGCCAUGAGCCUGUCCGGAGAGCAGACAGUGUCUUGCCACCCCAUGGGCUCAGUGUCCUUUAAGUCCAUCCAGUCCCAGCCCCUUCCCCACUGCCGCAACCAGGACCGCAGCCUCAGCCGGGACAGUGCUCCCUCAUCUGCUCUACGGAGGAAAACCACUGGAACCCCACACAUACAGCAAAAGGGCCAUGAUGGUGUGCGGAAGUCCUGGACAAACCUGUCACUCCCUCUGGCACCUGUUCUCUCUCUACCUCCCAAAAAAUACCCCUCAACUCCAGGAAAGAACAGUAAAAUUACAGCACCCUCUCCUGGCAGACAUCCUCAAAAGUCACCAGGACGGCCCCCGACCCCAAAGCAGCUCAAGUCUCCAGCAGCGGACGACCCUGGAAACAUGCGUCCAGUCAAAGUCUCACCAGACACACAACCCCUGUCCUCUCCUCCGACUGGAGCUCAGGAGGAGGAGCAAGAGGUCCUCAGUCCCUCACAGCCCAGACCACAGCCACUGGGUCAAAACAAGGCCAGCAACGAGCCUACAGAGAACACACAAACCGAGGGUGUUGGCAGCCCUCCUCCUCAGAAGACUAUGGCAGGCACCACAGAUCCUGAAGAGGCCAGCCGCAUUUUGUCCGAAAAAAGACGACAGGCACGUGAGCAGAGGGAGCGGGAGGAGGAGGAGCGCAGACGGCAGGAGGAGCAGGGCCGAUUGGCCAAAGAGGAGAUGGCCCGUCGAAAGGCAGAGGAGAGAGCUCGCAGAGAAGAGGAGGCACAGCGUCAGGCAGAGGAGAAAAGAAAGAGAGAAGAAGAGGAGAGGAAGGAGGAAGAAGAGCGAUUAAAGAGAGAGAGGGAAGAGGCGGAGAAGAUACAGAAACAAAAAGAAGAGGAGGAGUUUCGACAAAGAGAGGAGGCUGAGCGACUUUGGAAGGAACGCUUUCAGAAGGAAGAAGCUGAGCGACUGGAGAGGAAGAAGCGCCUAGAGGAGAUCAUGAAGAGAACAAGACGCUCUGAAACACCAGACAAGAAAGUCCUUCCUAACAGGAAUGGUGACGGAGCAGUAGCUCCACCUUCUCCAAGUGGAUCUGCAGUCACUGUGUCACCUGCUCAUCACAGCAAUGGCAGCCAACAGUCCGACUCCAACUCAGAACCCACUGCACUGAGCAUAGUUGACCAGAGAGAGAAUGGCGAGUUUGAAGAGGUGAUUGUGCUGCCACAGCAGUCCCGGCUGUCUCCUACAGAGGGACGCGAGACUGCUCCUGUGACCAUGUUCAGGGAGAACGGCCUGCUCAAGCCUCUGACUGGAGUCUCGGAGGACAUAUCUGCACACCAGGGAUCAGAUGUUUCUUGAUGCUGUCUUAAUUCAAGAAGAUUGAUCAUGUAAGACUUCAGUAGAGACACAGGCAGAGAAACAUGACGCUGUUGGAUUGAAUCAAAAGGCCUUCAGGUCCUUCUGGAGGUGUACUUUGUUGCUAACUGCCAGAAGUGCAUGGCAGCCAUUGUCCAAAGAUGGUGUCUCCAAAGAUCCUGAAUGCUUCUUCAGAAGUUAACAAAACAGAAAAAAACUAACCUGGCCCUCAGCCAAUUGAAAGCCCUGAAGUCACAGGGGUGCAUUGGACGCCCUUGUUUUGGCUGCAGUGUGUGAAUGAUACUGAUGUAAGGAGUCUGAGUUUGUCAGCAAAACCAAACAUAGUUCAUAUGGCCUAUUUAUUUUAAAACAUUUCUGUUUUGAAAUGUGAUUUGGCUUUUAUCAGCACAAGUGGUAUUAAAACCGACUAGUUGUGAAAUAUUUUUGCUGUGUAAACAGUGUUUAAUAUUAGGUUAUUUCAAUGUUAAUUAUAAGAUGGAUUAAUUAAAAACAAUAACUUUCAGAUAACUGAAAUAUGAAAAUAAUUUAUUUUGUUUAGUUUUAUUUGAGUAAAAAAAAAAAGGUUAUCCUGUCGUUUUUUAGUACAUUUCUCAGACUUGUUUACCCUUUCUACUGAACCUAAUGUUGUAAAAGUUUAUUUGGAAUGUGAUGAAGGUAUCCAAAUUCAGAUUGUUGUUACGAGCUGAAUAAUCAUUGCUGCUAAUCAAAACAUUCCUUUGCCUUAUAGCUUUUAAACUAUAAAGCAGCAGUGCUUACAGUGGAUUGCACUCACUUUCACAAUACUCAUUACAAUCAGGUCAAAUGAUAUGAAUGUAAGAUGACACAGUGAUGUAUGUUAUGUUGUGGGGCAUUUGACCAUAAAUGCUGUUUCAGGAUAAAUGUGAAACUGUUUCAUACCAUUCCUACCAGCACCCACCUGUUUUCCCCAACUGCUUUGCACGCCUGCAUCUACAAUACCACAACAAUGACUGUAAAAGGUGGCCGUGCUUUGUUUCAAUAGAUGGUAAAAAGCAAGUUGAUGACAUGACUUUGUUUCCCUAAAGCAAAUUAACACAUUGUACACAAUGUAAAAAAAUGUAUAUUUACUAAUAGUAAUAAUGAAGUCCAUUUCUCAAGCUGCUCUGUUCAACUAUCAGCUAUACUGUGGGGUGCAACUGUACUUAUGCA